AUGUGUGUGAAUGAUAAUACUAGUCAGAGCGAGCGCGAGAGCCAUGUGCACAGCGCUGACUUGGCCAUAAGCAUACCAAACAAUCCCGGCCUGGAUGAUGGCGCCUCAUAUCGCUUGGACUACAGCCCGCCCUUUGGCUAUCCGGAACCCAAUACAACAAUCGCCUCGAGAGACAUUGGCGACGAGAUUCAAUUCUCACGCGCUCUGCCCGGCACCAAAUACAACUUCUGGCUUUAUUAUACGAAUUUCACGCACCACGAUUGGCUAACAUGGACAGUGACCAUAACGACAGCUCCCGAUCCGCCAUCGAAUUUAUCAGUGCAGGUGCGCAGCGGCAAGAAUGCAAUUAUUUUGUGGUCCCCGCCCACUCAGGGCAGCUACACGGCAUUCAAGAUCAAGGUGCUGGGACUAUCGGAGGCAUCGAGCAGCUACAAUCGCACCUUCCAGGUCAACGACAAUACAUUCCAGCACAGCGUCAAGGAACUGACGCCAGGUGCCACAUACCAGGUGCAGGCCUACACCAUAUACGAUGGCAAGGAGUCUGUGGCAUAUACGAGUCGAAACUUUACCACAAGUCGAAGGACGCGGCAUAAAGAGUUGUUGGACAUUAAAAUUUUAAGAGAGCCCAAUACGCCGGGUAAAUUCAUCGUGUGGUUCCGUAAUGAGACAACGCUGCUGGUGCUGUGGCAACCGCCGUAUCCGGCGGGCAUUUAUACGCACUACAAAGUGUCCAUCGAGCCGCCCGAUGCCAAUGACAGUGUGCUCUAUGUGGAGAAGGAGGGCGAACCGCCGGGACCCGCACAGGCGGCAUUCAAGGGUCUGGUGCCGGGACGUGCCUACAAUAUAUCGGUGCAGACCAUGUCCGAGGACGAGAUAUCCUUGCCUACUACCGCGCAAUAUCGCACAGUGCCGCUGCGACCGUUAAAUGUGACGUUUGACAAGGAUUUUAUUACCUCCAGUUCGUUCCGUGUGCUCUGGGAGGCGCCCAAGGGCGUCUCCGAGUUUGACAAGUACCAAGUCUCAGUGUCGACCACACGCCGCCAAUCGACAGUGGCGCGCAGCAAUGAGCCCAUUGCGUUCUUUGACUUCCGCGACAUUGCCGAGCCCGGCAAGACAUUUAAUGUAAUUGUCAAGACCGUAUCCGGCAAGGUAACCUCCUGGCCGGCCACCGGCGAUGUGACACUGCGACCGCUGCCUGUGCGCAAUUUGCGCAGCUUCAACGACGACAAGGCCAACACUAUGAUCAUUACCUGGGAGGCGGAUGCGGCCAGCACACAGGACGAGUAUCGCAUUGUCUACCACGAGCUGGAGACUUUCAAUGGCGAUACCAGCACUCUGACCACCGACUGGACACGCUUUACGCUGGAGAGCCUGCUGCCCGGACGCAAUUACUCGCUCUCCGUGCAGGCCGUUUCCAAGAAAAUGGAGUCCAACGAGACGAGCAUCUUUGUGGUCACGCGCCCCUCGUCGCCCAUCAUUGAGGAUCUGAAGAGCAUACGCCAGGGCCUGAACAUAAGCUGGAAGAGUGACGUCAACUCCAAGCAGGAUCAAUACGAAGUGCUCUACUCACGCAACGGCACCAGCGAGGUGCGCACUCUCAUCACCAAGGAGUCGCGUCUGGUCAUCAAGAAUCUGCAGCCAGGUGCUGGCUAUGAGCUCAAGGUAUUCGCUGUCAGCCAUGAGCUGCGCAGCGAACCCCAUGCCUACUUCCAGGCAGUGUAUCCCAAUCCUCCGCGCAAUAUGACCAUCGAAACAGUGCGCAGCAAUUCCGUGCUGGUGCAUUGGUCACCGCCGGAGAGCGGCGAAUUUACGGAGUACAGCAUACGCUAUCGCACGGACAGCGAACAGCAGUGGGUGCGCCUGCCCAGCGUGCGCUCCACGGAGGCGGACAUCACCGACAUGACCAAGGGCGAGAAGUACACCAUACAGGUGAAUACGGUUAGCUAUGGCGUGGAGAGUCCCAAUCCGCAAGAGGUCAACACUACAGUGCCACCGAAUCCAGUGUCCAACAUUAUUCAGCUGGUCGACUCGCGCAAUAUAACGCUGGAGUGGCCCAAGCCAGAGGGGCGUGUCGAGUCCUAUAUUCUCAAAUGGUGGCCCAGUGAUAAUCCCAGUCGUGUGCAGACCAAGAAUGUCUCCGAGAACAAGUCGGCUGAUGAUUUGUCCACAGUGCGUGUGCUCAUUGGGGAUUUGAUGCCGGGCGUGCAAUACAAAUUCGAUAUACAAACCACUUCGUAUGGCAUUUUAUCCGGCAUUACCAGUCUCUAUCCACGCACCAUGCCGCUCAUACAGUCCGACGUGGUGGUGGCCAAUGGCGAGAAGGAGGAUGAACGUGAUACCAUUACACUGAGCUACACGCCCACGCCGCAAUCCUCAUCGAAAUUCGACAUUUAUCGCUUCUCACUGGGCGAUGCCGAGAUUAAGGAUAAGGAGAAGCUGGCCAAUGAUACGGAUCGCAAGGUGACGUUCACGGGUCUCAUGCCGGGACGUCUCUACAACAUCACCGUGUGGACAGUAAGCGGUGGUGUGGCCAGUUUGCCCAUACAACGACAGGAUCGUCUUUAUCCAGAGCCCAUCACCCAACUGCAUGCUACAAAUAUAACGGAUACGGAGAUUUCGCUGCGCUGGGAUGUGCCCAAGGGCGAGUACAAUGACUUUGACAUUGCCUACCUCACGGCGGAUAAUCUGCUGGCCCAGAAUAUGACCACACGCAAUGAGAUUACCAUCAGUGAGCUGCGUCCGCAUCGCAACUACACCUUUACCGUAGUGGUGCGUUCCGGCACAGAGUCCUCGGUGCUGCGCAGCAGUGCACCGCUCUCGGCCAGCUUUACUACAAAUGAGGCGGUACCUGGACGUGUGGAACGCUUCCAUCCCAUGGACGUGCAGCCCAGCGAGAUUAACUUUGAAUGGUCGCUGCCUUCGAGCGAGGCCAAUGGCGUCAUACGUCAGUUCUCCAUAACGUAUACGAACAUAAACAAUGCCAGCGAUGCGGGCAGCCAGAGCUUUGACUCCGAGGAGUCAUUCGGUCUCAUCAAGAAUCUCAAGCCUGGCGAGACGUAUGUGUUCAAAAUACAAGCCAAGACUGCCAUUGGCUUUGGGCCGGAACGCGAGUAUAAGCAAACGAUGCCCAUAUUGGCGCCACCACGUCCGGCUACGCAGGUGGUGCCCACCGAGGUCUAUCGCAGCUCAUCGACCAUACAGAUACGUUUCCGCAAGAACUACUUCUCCGACCAGAACGGUCAGGUGCGCAUGUAUACCAUUAUUGUGGCCGAGGAUGAUGCCAAGAAUGCCUCCGGCUUGGAGAUGCCCAGCUGGAUGGAUGUGCAGUCAUAUAGCGUUUGGUUGCCCUAUCAGGCCAUUGAUCCGUACUAUCCAUUCGAGAAUCGCUCUGUAGAGGACUUUACCAUUGGCACAGAGAAUUGUGAUAAUCAUAAGAUUGGCUACUGCAAUGGGCCUUUGAAAUCCGGCACUACUUAUAGAGUUAAGGUGCGCGCAUUUACCGGACCCGACAAGUUCACGGACACCGCGUACAGUUUCCCCAUACAAACGGAACUGCUGAGCUCACCGGAUCAAGACAAUACGUCGCUGAUUGUCGCUAUAACCGUGCCCAUGACCAUAAUUUUGGUGCUGCUGGUCACACUGAUAUUCUACAAACGGCGCCGCAGCAAUUGCCGCAAGACCACAAAGGACUCGCGCGCCAAUGACAACAUGUCCCUGCCGGACAGCGUCAUAGAACAGAAUCGUCCAAUUUUGAUUAAAAACUUUGCCGAGCAUUAUCGUCUCAUGUCCGCCGAUUCGGACUUUCGAUUCAGCGAGGAGUUCGAGGAGCUUAAGCACGUGGGCCGCGAUCAGCCCUGCACCUUUGCCGAUCUGCCCUGCAAUCGGCCCAAGAAUCGUUUCACCAACAUUCUACCCUACGAUCACUCACGCUUCAAGCUGCAGCCCGUGGACGACGACGAGGGAUCCGAUUAUAUCAAUGCCAACUAUGUGCCGGGACAUAAUUCGCCGCGCGAAUUUAUUGUCACGCAGGGUCCGUUGCACUCCACCCGCGACGAUUUCUGGCGCAUGUGCUGGGAGAGCAAUUCGCGUGCCAUAGUCAUGCUCACGCGCUGCUUUGAGAAGGGGCGCGAAAAGUGCGAUCAGUACUGGCCCAACGAUACGGUGCCCGUGUUCUAUGGCGACAUCAAGGUGCAAAUACUCAAUGAUAGCCACUACGCCGAUUGGGUCAUGACCGAGUUUAUGCUGUGCAGAGGCAGUGAGCAGCGCAUUUUGCGGCAUUUCCAUUUCACCACCUGGCCCGACUUUGGCGUACCAAAUCCACCACAGACGCUGGUGAGAUUUGUGCGCGCUUUUCGCGAUCGCAUUGGCGCCGAGCAGCGUCCAAUUGUGGUGCACUGCAGCGCUGGCGUUGGCAGAUCGGGCACAUUCAUAACGCUCGAUCGCAUCUUGCAGCAGAUUAAUACGUCCGACUAUGUGGACAUAUUCGGCAUUGUCUAUGCCAUGCGCAAAGAGCGCGUUUGGAUGGUGCAAACGGAGCAGCAGUAUAUCUGCAUACAUCAGUGCCUGCUGGCGGUGCUCGAGGGCAAGGAGAAUAUUGUGGGGCCGGCGCGUGAGAUGCACGACAAUGAGGGCUAUGAAGAUCAAGGCGCAGCUCAGCUGAACGCACACGAGGAGUCAUCGCAUGUGGCCACCAUUGAGGAGCAACUGAACCAAGCCGCCGCUGAGGCCAUCGAUGCUGAGAACGCCGCAAUCUUAUACGACGACCAACAGCCGCUGACUAGCAGCACAUUCAGUAAACAUAUCUCCAGCUUUGGCAGCGCCAUCGACAAUGCACAUGGCAGCGUGCUGGCCUCCAAUUCGAUGAGCUCGUUCGGCAUUAUAAGCGGCGGCGGCAGUGCCAACGAGGCGCCAGACAGAUGACAUUCGGUUGUCAACCAGUCGGAC